AUGGCAGGGAAAUGCUUUUCAUACUUGAUAAUACUAUAUUGCCUGUAUUAUGUACAAGGAGAUAGAAAUUUAGGAGCAAUUUUUGACGAUGGAGGAUUCUUGUACGAAGCUGCCUUUAAUAUUGCUAUUGCGGCAGCAUCUGAAAAUGAAGAGAAUCCUUUCGUACCAAGUAUUUAUAAAACCGCUCCUGAAGAUAUUUUAGAAGCGGAAAAUGCUUUCUGUACCAUAUUAGGGGAAUCUACGUUUGGAAUCUUUGGCCCUACUAAGAAAAUAACACUACAUCACAUUCAAGCUAUUGCCGAUUUUAAAGAAAUCCCUCAAGUCAUAACGGAACCAGUUGAAAUCCAGAAUCGCAAUUGGUCGGCAGUUAAUUUAUAUCCACAUCACAUUGCAUACUCUAAGAUUUUUGCCGAUAUAAUCCAAACGAAAGGUUGGACAGACUUUACGAUAAUUUAUGAGGGCGCUGAACUUCUGCCAUACUUAGAUAGUAUAAUUACAAUGGAAGAUAUAGAUUCGGGAGAUCAUAUUUUAAUUAACGUUGUACAACUUCCUGAUGGAAAUGAUUACAGAUCACAAUUAAAGACGAUUAAAAGUUCGGGCACAGUGAAUUAUUUAGUCAGUUGUAGAAUAGAAAGUUUAGCUAUAUUUCUAGAGCAAGCUCAACAAGUAGGAAUAAUGUCCGAUGAACAUAGUUACAUUAUAAUGAAUCCUGAUUUCCAAACUAUUGACAUUGGGCCCUUUAAGCAUGGUGGCUCUAAUAUAACAGGGAUUAGAUUGUUCGAUCCACAACUCGAAGACAUUCAAAAUUUUAUCACUUCUUUAAAUGAAAAAGUAAAGGAACUUUCAGAGGGACAAAUGGAAAAUGCAAUUCAAGAGAACAGUCUUAGUCUCAAUUUGGCUCUUGUAUAUGAUUCGGUUAUGUUAUACACCUCAGCAAUAAAGGCGUUAGAUUUAGAAGAUAGUGCUAAUUUUACUUGCGAUAGUGGCGAGACGUGGCCAUUUGGAUCUACGAUUAUUAAUUACAUAAGGACCAUGGAAGUCGAUGGUUUAACCGGAACUAUAAAAUUUGAUGAGGAAGGAUUCCGUUCAGAUGUUGAAGUUGAUAUUGUCGAGGUUAUGGCGUAUGGUCUUGAAAAGAUAGGAACAUGGACAUCCGAAGAUGGCUUUACUGAAUCGAGGAAAAUUAUUCCCGCAGUUGAACAAGAAGGAAGUGAUUCUAUGAAAGGAAAACAUUUCAUUGUUUUAACAGCAUUGAGUGCUCCAUAUGGUAUGUUGAAAGAGUCAUCCAAAAAGCUUGAGGGUAAUGACCGAUAUGAAGGCUUUGGUAUAGAAAUCUUCGAAGAACUGGCAAAAAUGAACGAAUUCAACUAUACAUUUGAGAUCCAAGCCGACGGAGUUUACGGAUCAUAUGACUCUAAGACGGGCAAAUGGACUGGAAUGAUGGAGAAGAUAAUGGACGGUAGAGCUGACUUUGCAAUUACUGAUCUAACAAUAACAUCUACUAGGCAAAAAGCCGUAGAUUUCACGAGUCCUUUCAUGAAUCUAGGUAUUACAAUAUUAUAUAAAAAACCUACUAAACAACCACCUGAUUUGUUUUCAUUUAUUUCACCUUUUUCUUAUCAGGUGUGGGGUUGGUUAGCGGGAGCAUACGUAGGUGUUUCAGCGCUACUAUUUAUACUUGGAAGAUUUGCUCCUGAAGAAUGGCAAAAUCCUUAUCCUUGUAUAGCAGAACCGGAAACAUUAGACAACCAAUGGACUUUUGCUAACUCGUUCUGGUUCACAUUAGGAAGUGUGCUCACACAAGGAUCCGAAAUAGCACCCAUUGCUGUAUCGACAAGAAUGGCAGGGAGUAUGUGGUGGUUUUUUACCUUAAUUAUGGUAUCGUCCUACACAGCCAACCUUGCCGCAUUUUUGACAGUUGAGUCGAAAUUUUAUGCUAUCAAAAGUGUUUCAGAUCUGGCUAAUAAUCCGUAUGACAUAACUUAUGGCGCGAAAAAUGGUGGUGCGACAUUCGGAUUUUUUAAGGAAUCAGAUAAUUUACUUUAUCAAAAGAUGUACCUUUAUAUGGAUAAGCAUCCAGAACUAAUGACCCAAACAAAUGAUAUUGGACUUGAAAGGGUAAAGUCUGAAAAUGAAAAUUAUGCAUUUUUAAUGGAAUCGACAUCAAUCGAAUAUAUGGUAGAGAGAAAUUGCGAUGUUGCUCAAGUGGGCGGGCUAUUAGAUAGCAAAGGCUACGGUAUUGCUAUGAAGAAAAAUUCUCCAUACAGACAACCGAUGAGCGAAUCGAUAUUGCAAUUACAAGAGCAAGGCAAAAUUACAAGGAUGAAAGACAAAUGGUGGAAAGAAAAAAGAGGAGGCGGUGCAUGUGCAGACGACGAUGCAAGUAGCGGAGAUGCGCAACCUUUAGUGUUAGCGAAUGUGGGCGGCGUGUUUAUAGUUCUGGCGGCCGGAUCUGGCUUGGCGAUUAUUUGCGCCUUUGUGGAAAUGAUCAUUGAUGUUUGGAUGAUCUCGCACAAAAUGAAGGUGUCAUUUAUAGAUGAAUUGAUAGCGGAAUUAAAAUUCGUAUUCAGUUUUAGUGGGGAUGUUAAACCAGUUAGACAUCGAGAAUCAACUGGUAGCGGAUCGAAAGGUUCUAAGAAGGAGGAUGAAAAAGAAGAAGAAGACGAAGAUGCAGAAUCCCCAAGAGAUGAAGAAGAUAGGCUUGAAAUGGUACCUACACCACACUCAGGGAGAUCGAGUCACUCGCAUCAUACAACUCAUAGUCGCCGACAAAGUAAUGCAGUGCACAUGUCCAAAAUGCGCAGAUAUAGCAGACAGCUAUCGAAUAUGACU